AUGUCCCUUACCAACGAGGAGCAAACUGAAGGAUUAUCCGGAGCACAGUUAUUGUUAGCUCAAAAGAAACAAAGAACCGAAAUGAAGUUAUCUAUUGUUACUAACUGUGAAUCGGUCAUUCAGUCUCCGGAAGUUAAUAUGCCUUCACUUCGGGAACUUACCAAAUGCUUCGAAGCUUCGAAAUACAUGUCAUCCAAAACGAUUCGUUCUUUGUUAAUCGCCUCAUUGUGUGUCGUGUACAAAGAUAUUCUACCAGCUUAUCGUAUCAGGCCUUUAACGGAACAAGAGAAGUCGCAACCUAUUUGUCGUGCUAUUCAUCUGUUUGCUCGCAAAAAGUCCUACCGUUUUCGUCCAGCUGUGGCUAAGGCUUUAUCACUUGUCCCCAUCACCGAGGUAGUGGAUGAGGCGGCAAAGUUAGCAGAGAAAGUGGAUCGGUCGAUGAAGUCCAGACGUGAAAGAAAAAAAGACAAACUGGAAAGAAAACAUGAGAAGGAGAUGGCUGAAACAGUAGCCGCGAAAUCGCACGAGGAACGUGUCAAACUGAACACACUCAUCUUGAACGAAAUACUGUUUGUCUACUUCAAAGUGCUCAAAACCACGAGCAAUUCGGAAUUGCUGUCCAGUGUGCUCGAGGGACUUUCUGUCUAUUCAAAUCUGAUCAACGUGGUCUAUGUGGACAGUUUGUUAUCUAUUUUGAACCAAUAUAUUGAACAGAAAGACACCAAACUUGCCGAUGGACUAAACUGUGUUCACACUGCUCUGAAUAUUCUCAACAAUCCAGUUUCUACAGUCGCCCUGCAGACUGAUCCGACUCGAUUCUAUAAUCACCUGUAUGCCUUAUUGGGUCGAAUGAGUGGUACAUCAAAUCCACCGGAUAAACCAGAUGGUCUAUCAGCCACAUUGCUUGCGAUUUCAUCUAACUACGGACGAUCCAAUACACCAGCAUCACAGGCCGUAUCUCAAAUGAUCCGUCGUCAAGAAAUCGCCCGUCAAAAGGAUCCCAGAACUGAGAGUGAUAUUGACGGUACGGUCACGGGAUCGGAUAAUUUGGCUGCGAGUGCUCGUCCCUUCUCGAGUCGUGUGACUGUUCAUGAAGCUGAACGUCUAACAGAUGUGCUUCUGUCCUGUUUGCACAUGCUGCUAGUUCGUAGACGACGUGAUGUCUCCAUUAAUCGGGUUCUGGCUUUUGUGAAACGUCUGUCCGGUGCUGCUUUAACUAUGGUAGGGAAACCAGUUGAGCUGUGUGGAAUAUUGUGGUUGUUUUUAGUUCGCUCUCUUCUAUUCUCUCAUUCUUUUUAUUUCGUCCCAUAUUUGAUGUAG